AUGCGACUAUUCAUCAUUCCGAUCUCGACAAGACGAGCUCUGAUCUAUUGCCGGCCUCUCCGCACGGGAACUUCGAACGAAACUUCAGUGAUUGAUCGUAUCACAGGCAAGGCAGCUGAAACCUGGGCAAAAUGGGAGGAAGCUGAUAAAGGCUGGAAGAAAAAACUCGUUGACUGGGGCAAUCGGGUUCAACAACGAAUCCCAUUUGAAGAAUGGGGACUCAAGAGUAUCCCUUCCCUCAAUUCCCAACGGCGACUAGAUGAGUCGCAUGGAUCGGCGAAGGUGGAUGUGCUAUUCCCAGGAAAUGCAAUCAGAGAGGAGAAGCUACAGGCAUUGUUACGGAGAAUUGCCACUGAGAGGCAAGAUUUACACCGCAGGAGGAUGUGGUGGAGCUUUCUUGCAACUCCGUUAACGGGGCCUAUGGCAUUGAUUCCAGUAGUCCCUAAUAUUCCUUUCUUGUACCUUGUGUACCGAGGGUGGUCACAUUGGCGAGCAUUAAAUGGCUCUAAACACUUAGAGUUUCUAGUUGAGAAGGACUUAUUAAAGCCUGUAUCAUAUCCAGGGCUCGAACAAUUGUACGCAAAGCGGGUACCCCGUGCAUUGGAACAUAGCCACGUUGAAAAGCCCAUUUCGCAGAUGGCAGAGGACGUGGAAAACAGCAAAGACACAUUAUUGCUUCGCAUGACCGAUGCUAAAAAACUGGCUACAAUACUCGAUGCGCCGGAGCUGGCUUUAGAAGCAGAACGGGCAAUUGUACAGGCUGAAGAACAGCUGCAGGCGCAGAAGAAAGAAGAGCAGGAGAAGAACGCGCCCCAGAAGAAGCACGUAUGA